AUGGCGACGAAGCCGCAGCCUGCAUCGACUCGGAUCAUUCAUUUCUCGGGCCAGACUCCAGAGCUGCAGUGGCUGGACAACCUUUGCUGUGCCGGCUACCCUAUUCAGAUUGACGGACGCAGCUGGCCCAGCACGGAGCAUUAUUUCCAGGCACAGAAAUUCGUGACCACCUGCCCGGAGUUGAUGGAACGCAUUCGAACAUUGCCUACGGAUUCUGUCGAAAGUAAUUUCGAAGCAAAGCGCUUGGGCCGCUCUGGGCGGCUGAGAGCAGACUGGGAGCAGGUGAAAUAUUCGAUCAUGAGGACAGCUGUGCUGGCAAAGUUCUCCCAGCAUGAAGAGCUGCGGCGCCGAUUGUUGCACGACGUCCCCUGUGAGGCCAUAUUUGUCGAGCACUGUGCUGAUGCAGAGUGGGGCGAUGGCGGCGACGGAAGUGGCAAAAACUUGUUUGGAAAAGUUCUCACAGAAGUAAGAGACACCCUCGCGCAGCAAGAGAGGCAGCAAUCAAGCUCUUUUUUGCCUGCAGAAGACGGGGACUGCAGUGUCAUGUCAGGGAAGCCGGCCCUCGUGCUUAAAAUGCCUGCCAAAUUGCAGCACUUAAUUCAUCAGUAUAUAUCAGUCAGUGGGUGA